CCAUUGACUCUGACCCGAUGCUUGUCCGCAUGGGGGCGUAGUUCUGUAUAAAAUAAACUAACAAAGAUAAAUCAAUAAAUUGCCUCCAAAAUCUCCCCCCCUUCUCAAUCCACUUCUCUCUCGAUUCCAUCUUCAGGUAACUGAUGCUUUUGGUGGAGAUCAGUGGCAUUUGAUACAGCAGUCUCAGAAUUAUGCCUGCAUGUAGGCGUGUGUAUUAGUAUUUGUAUUUAUAAACGUGGAUAUGUUGCAUUGCAAGUGCAAAUGCACGAUGAUGAAACAAGUACUGUUAGUUGAGGUUUCCUGAGUUGCUUUAAGGUGUCGUGCUGCUGCUGACUUGAUGGAGGUCUCUGCAAUGGCUUCUAAAUCAGUCAUGGAUUUAAUGGAGGCCUCCUCUGGGGUUCAUUUUUCUGGAUUUCACAUGGACUCCCUGAAGCAAAGAAUUAAAGACAUAGAAGCACCAACUACGUCAGCAACUGAAGACAUGCAUAAACAGCCGUUUGUCAUUGGGGUUGCUGGGGGAGCAGCAUCUGGGAAAAAAACGGUUUGCGAUAUGAUUAUCCAGCAGCUUCAUGAUCAACGUGUUGUACUUGUUAACCAGGAUUCCUUUUAUCAUGAUUUGACCGAGGAGGAACUUACACGAGUACAUGAAUACAAUUUUGACCAUCCUGAUGCUUUCGACACAGAGCAGCUGUUGUGUGUUAUGGAGAAGUUGAAGCAUGGGCAAGCAGUAGAUAUUCCAAACUACGAUUUCAAGAGUUACAAAAACAUGUUUCCGGCAAGAAGGGUAAACCCUUCAGAUGUUAUACUAUUGGAAGGCAUACUCAUUUUCCAUGAUCCACGUGUCAGAGAGUUGAUGAAUAUGAAGAUAUUUGUUGAUACAGAUGCUGAUGUUCGUCUAGCAAGGAGGAUAAGAAGGGAUACCAGUGAGAAGGGUAGGGAUAUUGGUGCAGUACUUGAUCAGUACUCCAAAUUUGUGAAGCCUGCUUUUGAUGACUUUAUCCUUCCAACAAAGAAGUAUGCUGAUAUUAUUAUUCCCCGUGGGGGGGAUAAUCAUGUAGCCAUUGAUUUGAUUGUACAGCAUAUUCGUACAAAGCUUGGGCAGCAUGAUCUUUGUAAAAUAUACCCAAAUUUAUAUGUCAUUCAAUCAACCUUUCAGAUACGGGGUAUGCAUACCCUCAUACGUGAUUCUCAAACAACAAAGCAUGACUUUGUUUUCUAUGCUGAUCGGUUGAUCCGUUUGGUUGUUGAGCAUGGCCUUGGACAUCUUCCAUUUACGGAAAAGCAAGUGAUGACUCCAACUGGGUCUGUGUAUACUGGUGUCGAUUUCUGUAAGAGGUUAUGUGGUGUCUCUGUUAUCAGGAGUGGUGAGAGUAUGGAGAAUGCUUUGCGAGCAUGUUGUAAAGGUAUCAAGAUUGGGAAGAUUCUUAUUCAUAGAGAAGGUGACAAUGGUCAGCAUCUAAUCUAUGAAAAAUUGCCAACGGACAUUUCGGAAAGGCAUGUGCUGCUAUUGGAUCCUAUCCUAGGGACAGGGAAUUCAGCUGUUCAAGCCAUUUCAUUACUUCUAAAGAAGGGUGUACCGGAGUCCAACAUUAUAUUUCUCAAUCUCAUAUCAGCACCUCAGGGUGUACAUGUGGUCUGCAAAUGCUUUCCAAGAAUAAAGAUUGUGACUUCUGAGAUUGAGAUUGGUCUAAACAAAGAUUUCCGCGUCAUACCUGGCAUGGGUGAGUUUGGAGACAGGUAUUUUGGAACGGAUGAUGACAACCAGCAAGUGGUGGUGGCCCCUUGUCAGUAGUUUCAUCAGGGCUGCUAAUUAGUUCAAACCCUCAUUUUCACUCGAUGAUCAGCACUGGGUUUGGAGAAAAAGAGCUGAGCUUGCUUAAUGUCAUGAUGCAGUCAGAUAUAACAAACAAUUUUGGCUGAGUUGUACUUCAGAAAUUAUCAUCUUCUUAAAUUUAUUUUAUUUUAUUUUUUCUUUUUAAGAAACUCAUGGCAUACUAGACGUUGGUGUUUGAUUGCAAAUCCAAUCGUUUCGGUAGCAUUUCAUUACAGCAUAAA